AAAAGUUGUUACGGUGUCGUAUCGUUAAAAAGCGAUCUCUUCCAACCAACCUUCAGAACAUUACUACUACAGUACUAAAACAUAUUAUAUUGAUUGACCAAUAAUUACGUAGGUAAAGUUUAUUAACUAUGUACUUCAUUAUUAUGAUCAAUCGAAUGAAUUAUGAGAACAAACCAAAACAUUGUAAAACUAACUUUCGGAAGCGUAAUAAUUGCAAUCAGGCUGAGUUGCACCAUUUUAUUUAAACUUUAAAAAUCGUCAAAAAUCUGUCUCAAACUCCUGGUGUGGACAAACUGGUCAUUGUCAUAGUUAAGGUCAUAGGUAAAUUGGUGCAAAUCAACCUUAGUCUUAUAUUUUAUAUUAAGUAAAUCAAGAUAAUUAUCAUGUUAUCAUUUCAAGUUUAAUUUAAAACUAAUAACGUCAAAUAUUUUGAAAUGUUAAAUAUACCCACAAAAUCAUGCAAUAUUUACUAUGUUUUAGUUUAAAUCAAAUCGUGAUUUUGUAAUUAUAUUUAAUUUGUCUUCACCGUAGUAUAUUUUCAUACAGGAAUUCGCGUCAUCGCCCCAGUUUUCGUAAAUACCUGAGUGUGCAUAAGCAUUAGGCCCGGCGUGAACGCAAUGCGCAAGCUGUAUAAAUCGACUGCAGAAAGUGAUAAUAUUUUUUCAAUAAAUUUCGAAUAUUAUGUUACAUAAAAAUAUAUGUUCAUGACACAAAUAUUUUGUAUUGAGCGGGAAUCGAACAUGCAACCUCUGUUAUAGCGUACCGAACUACCGGUACGCCACUACUCCAUAGGAGCAUUGUUUUCUCGGUACGUAACGUUUGCGAUGGGCCUAACCUUAUUGCUGAAUUAUCAAUAUUUUCCCUUUAAAUUUGGGGGCUCGCAGUAUGAGCUUCAUUCUGUAUUUCGAAGUGCUUCAGAAGGAGGAACUAGCUCCAGUGACGUCACAUCUUGAGUAAAUUGUGAGUGUUCAAUAUGUCUGACUCAGAGUUUGAAUCCACAUUCGGUGGGAGUUCCACCUCCAUCAUCGCUAACCCUCGUAAACAUACGAAGAAGAGGAAGACUGCGCCAACUUCAUCAAGAUCAGACUCUGAGUGUGAAACUGUGCAGCCAGCAGCGCUGAAAAAGAAACCUGUAGCUUCUAGACCUCGAGCUCCAACGAAGAGUUCUACGGAUCUGUUCGGGCUACUAUCCGACGAAGACGAAAGUGUCGCCAUCGAAAACUCUCAACGACUAAAAGUCGGUCGUCAGCAGCUGGACAGCAGCCUGACCUCGAAGGUGGCCAACGGUGUCGUGCGGCGAACGGUUCCGCUCGAGGGCGCUUAUUACGUGGAGGUGCGUGUUUACAACACCAGGGACGCGCUCAAGACGCCGCCCGCGGAUCGCUACAAGAAGACGCUGCACACGCUGAAGGUUCAGCUUAACACCGAAACAUCGCAGUGGCGGGAUCUUCAAAAAUUUAUGAAGACCACGAAGAAAUUGUUUGAAGACCGCGAGCCAAUAUUUUAUAAUAAUAAAAUAAACUUUAAAUCUUAGUUUUAAGUUAGUUAGUUCUAUUCUGAGAAUGAUUUAAAAUAAAUAGCAU